AUGACGGCUGCGCCAUCUUUACACGGUUUUAGGAUGAACCGACGGCUUUCAACAAUAAUUUUGCUUGCAGCCGCCGUUUCUAUCGCUGCGCAAAUACAGACAGUUUCAUCACAAGCGUACAACCCUUGUACGGAUAGCCCGUGUGGCAUCGGCGGCACGUGUAGCUGGGACACUCAGUACACGUGGACGUGCUCGUGCUAUAGCGGGUACGCGGCCUUAACCACUUCAUUCGACUUGUCCGGCAUAACCGUCUCCGGGCAGACGUGUGUUUCUUCAAGCUCCUCCCCUUCUUACUCCUCCCCAUCCUACUACUCCUCCCCAUCCUACUCCUCCCCCUCCCCUCCUUCCACCAACUCCUCCUCCUCCCCUUCCUCCUCCUCGGGUCUGUCCACAGGAGCAGUCAUAGGCAUAGUGGUGGGCGUGAUUCUGCUGCUGCUACUGCUCGGGGGAGUCGGUCUCUUCCUCUGGUUCAGGCACAAGAGCAAGGCCAGUGGGGCUGAUAAGCCUGGCCAGGCGUACGGGGGAACUGCGGCAGUAGGGGCUGAUCUAGAGGCGAAUAAGGGGAUCCACGACGCACAUCCCCACUGUUCUCCCUUCCCGUCUCCAUGCUACUAUCUAAGUGGCAUGUACCAGCAGCAGCAGCCACAUCAGCAUGCCAACCUGGCACAGCAGCAGCAGCAGCAAGCAGCAGCCUUCCAAUCACCUCCGUCCGUCUGUCAGCAAUUCGCCCUUGCUGACCUGGCGCGGGCCACGGGUGACUGGGCAGAGAGCAACCGGAUUGGCAGCGGGAGCUUUGGUGACGUGUAUAAGGCUGUCAGUCCCUUCGAUCCCUCUGUGCUGUGGGCCGUGAAGCGAGCGCGCGUGCUGACAAAGGACUUUCAGCGAGAGGUGAGCAGCACAGUGGCUAGGUUGACUUUUGAGUCGACUCAAAAGUCAACUUCACGCCUGCGAAUCCCUGUCCCAUCCUCCCCAUUCCAGGUGGCAGCGAUGGCAACCAAGCACCAUCCCAACCUGGUGGCAGCCAUGGCGACAAAGCACCACCCCAACCUGGUGCGGCUACUCGGCUACUGCAUCGAUAUGCACCCAGCAGCACCGCACUCCACCCAGGGCGAACUGAGCAUGGAGCAGAUAGUGGUGUACGAGUUCAUGGCCAACGGGGACUUGGAGCGGUGGGUGGGGGAGGGGGCGGCACAGCCGCUGGCGGUGGCGCAGCGCAUGGCGGUGCUCAUCGGGGCGGCCCACGGGAUUGACUUUGGCAUCCUCAUUCUGACCACAAUGUCCGGCCACAAUGCACUGAAAGCGGAUGAGAACGGCAACAAUUUCAACGCCAGGAAAUGGGCGGAGUCGUUAGUUGCGGCCGGCAAAGCGGAGGAAUUAAAAGACCCGCGAUUGGACGCCCCGGCAGAUUUGAUUCUGCGGCUGGCGCAGCUGGCGCUGCGCUGCACGGCCAUGCCCACCGUGUCUCGUCCUGACAUGAUCCAGGUGGUAUCUGAGCUCACGGCUCUCAGGAAGGAGUUUCUGGGGAAGGUGUCGUCUAGGAUGGCUGAGAGGAUUGAUGAGGAGGUGGAGUCCCAGAGAGUUGGGAAUUUCAGUGCGGAAAUAGCGAUGAUUGAAAGGCUGGCGUUUCAGGGUAGCACCAGUGCAAUGAGCAUUCGCUGA